UUGACCAGGGAGAGGAGAGGAGCGCUGUCCCGUGCUGGAUGGAUGGUUAUGGGGAAAGGAGCAAGACCCACGGCGCUAGAAGUCGGCAAGAUCUUCGUUGUAUUUCUUUUUCUUUUCCCUGCAGUCUGCCUGCAGUGCAAAAUUCACAAGUGUAACUCAGAGUUCUGGGCCUCCACAUCAAGUUCUGGCCCGGAGGAGGAGUUCUGUACUGCGCUGAGGGCAUAUAACAACUGUGUACGCCGUACAGCCAGAACCUGCCGGGGCGACCUGGCUUACCAUUCAGCUCAGCAUGGUAUCGAGGAUCUAAUGAGUCAACGCAAUUGUUCCAAGGAAGGACCGACAACCCAGCCCCGUGCCCGCACCCCACCUCCACCACCUCAGCGUCAGCCCCAACCCGACACCCCGCCACAUUCUGACGGUCCAGAGGUGUGCCACUACGAGCGGAUCAGACACACAGCGCCACCCAACUACACCCACUGUGGCUUCUUCGGAGACCCUCAUUUACGCACGUUCGGUGAUGAUUUUCAGACCUGUAAAGUGGAGGGAGCUUGGCCUCUUAUCCAUAACAAAUACCUGUCUGUGCAGGUUACAAACACCCCAGUCCUACCUGGGUCCACUGCUACCGCUACCAGCAAGCUGACAAUUAUCUUCAAGAACUUCCAGGAGUGUGUGGACCAGAAGAUGUACCAUGCAGAGACUGACGAGCUCCCUGCAGCAUUUGCUGACGGUUCUAAGAACGGAGGAGACCGUCACGGGGCGAACACUCUGCGGGUGGUGGAGAAAGUGCCUGGUCAGCACGUGGAGAUUCAGGCACGCUACAUAGGCACCACUAUUGUGGUUCGGCAAGUGGGCCGUUACCUAACGUUUGCGGUGCGGAUGCCGGAGGAGGUGGUGAAUUCAGUGGAGGACCAAGACAACCAAGACCUUUACCUUUGCCUGCAUGGCUGUCCAGCCAAUCAGCGCAUUGACUUUAGGACUUUCAGGGCUCGCGCUGCAGAGAGUCAAGGCUCAGGCCGGGGAAGGCCUGGAAGUCCUGCUCAUGGUUUCACUUACCAGUCAGCUAUGGCCAAGUGUAAAGAGCGCCUCCCAGUGGAGGACGUGUACUUCCAGUCCUGUGUUUUUGACCUUCUCUCUUCUGGGGACAUCAACUUCACCAUGGCAGCCUACUAUGCUUUUGAGGACGUCAAAAUGCUGCAUUCCAACAAGGAUAAGUACCACCUUUUUGAAAGGGAUACAAGCAACUCUGCUUCAAACGGAUAUGGCAUUGUAUGGCCAGUCUUCCUCAGUCUUCUUGUGCCAUUGCUGUGGACCGAAUGCUGCUUAGUGUGUGUGUAG